AUGGCUUCCAAGGGAAUCUCAAUCUUGCUCUGGGUGUUCUUCGUUCACCUGGCCGGAAUCUACCUUUACACUCGUGGCUUCCUCCUCACUCGGCUAUCUCUCUCGGAUACCACCACUUGCCCUGAUGGAAGCUGCACCAUAACUCCUUUACACAAAAGAGCCGUUGUGCUCGUUAUUGAUGCGCUCCGGUUCGACUUCCUCAGUCCUCACCCUCCUGAACCGGCCUCACCCUACCACCAUAAUGUCCUCGUUCUCCCUCAGGAACUUACAGCAACGCAACCUACUCGCUCGCUUCUCUUUGAGAUGUUCUCAGACCCGCCGACCACCACUCUACAGCGGCUGAAGGGUAUCACGACUGGCUCCUUGCCGACGUUCAUUGACAUGGGAUCAAACUUCGGAGGGUCAUCUAUUACGGAGGAUUCAUUCAUUGGCCAGCUGAGACUAGCGGGGAAGAAAAUCGCAUUCAUGGGAGAUGAUACGUGGACCACUGUCUUCCCCGACUCUUUCGAACCGAACAUGACAUCUCCCUACGACUCGUUCAACGUCGAGGACUUGCAUACAGUAGAUGAGGGAGUCAUCGACCAUCUCUUCCCCCUUCUCCAGGACAAGAGCGCCCCCUGGGACGUCAUCAUCGGUCACUUCCUCGGCGUGGACCACGUCGGCCACCGCGUUGGCCCCGAUCACUCCACUAUGAAGGCGAAGCUCACGCAGAUGGAUGCCGUUGUGCGCCGCGUCAUCGACCUCCUCGACGACGAAACGCUCCUCAUCCUCAUGGGCGACCAUGGCAUGGACAGGAAGGGCGACCACGGCGGUGAUGGCGACCAUGAGACCUCCGCCGCGCUCUGGGUGUACAGCAAGGGCCCGCAACUCGUUCACCCUAAGGCGUCCAUCCCCGAGUUCCUGCUAACCAGUCGCCUCUUUCCUGGGGCGACUAUCAAGCACCGGCACAUACAACAGAUAGACCUCGCGCCAACGCUCUCCUUGGCGUUGGGCCUUCCCAUCCCGUUCAACAAUCUCGGCACUGUCAUCCCAGAACUGUUCUGGCACGACAAAUCUGGGAAGGACUACAGCCGUGCGCUCACGCUCAACGCGAAGCAGAUCAACCGGUAUCUCGAGACCUACCGUGCGAGUCCGUCUGGCGGAGAAUUAGAUAACGCAUGGGGCGAGCUCGAGACCGUCUGGAGAACAGUCGAUUUUGAGGCGCACACCACCGACAGUGAGGCGCAGUGGCUCGCUAUGACGAUGUACACACGCUUCGCUCUCGCAGCGUGCCGUCAACUCUGGGCGCAGUUCAACGUGUCGCUCAUCGUCCUCGGAUUGGUCGUCCUGGUCACGAGCACAGUUGCGGCGACGUUCAUCUACUUCAGGGUUGGCGCGCUGAAGGACGAAUGGGAGAGCUGGGCUUCAGAGGUGACGCGGUCCUAUGUCUCUGGCGCGGCCGGAGGAGCGUUGCUCGGGUUCGUCGGCUACAUGACCGUCUCUCGCUACGUGAAAGGAGUCGGACUUUCCGAAUCGCUGCUCUUUGGCGCGUCGUUCGUGUCAUCGCUGGUUGUCAUCUUCUCUGCGCUGCCCUCGUUUUCCAUCCCGUCCGUCCGCUCGCUCACUUCGAUCCCUCUGCCCCUCAUACUUCACGCUGCGGCGUUCGCGUCGAACUCCUUCACGGUCUGGGAAGACCGCGUCGUCAACUACCUCCUCAUCUCCUCCGUCAUCCCCUCCGUCCUCGUCGGCUUUAGCGCGCCCACCGCCCGCCUACGUUACCGCAUUCUCGGUUUUUCCGCGCUCUUUGCGGUGUGCGUGCGGCUCAUGGCGGUGAGUACGGUCUGCCGUGAGGAGCAGCAGCCCUUCUGCCACGUCACGUUCUUCGCGUCAUCCUCCCUGCCAUCUCCCCCACUGCCUGUCUUGCUGCUCUCGGUGCCUGUUGCCCUCGCGCUGCCAUACACCAUGAGGCGGUUUCUCAGAAUCUCAAAGUCCGACAGAGGCACUGCGGCCCUCGUCUUCCCAUUCAUCCUCCCCACGGUGCUCCUCCUGGGGAGUGCGUUCUGGAUACUCGAACAUUUCGACUCGUCAGAGGUAUUUGGGCCCGAUUGGGCAGGCACGCUCCGCCUCGCGAGAACGUGGUGCGCGCGGCUCGCCAUGGCGAGCGCCGUCUUCCUCGGCUACGCUUUGUGGUACCUCGUCCCGCUCUGCCUCGAGAUCUCUUCCGAGACGAAGGCACAGACAAAUUCGACCGCCCAGGGCCGGGGCACGCGCGAAGUGACGGUGCUGGGGUUCGCAAACGCCUAUGGGGCGCCAUACCUCGUCUUCUGGUGCCUGUUCCUGGGGUUGCUUUACCCCGCAACGCAGCUCUCUGGCCAGGCCGUCCUCUCUCUCGCCGCGAUCGCAGUCCUCGCGCACCUCGAGGUCAUCGAUACCAUCCGCGACGUCCGCGGCCUCGAGGCCGUCUUCGCGUCUAACAACCCCUCUGCGCUUCUGCAAACCGAGAACAUGGCGCUCCGCGCACCGAGUGUUCCCCUACGCUUCGCGGAGAUCGCCCCGCUCGCGAUCCUGGCUGUGCACACGUUCUUCGCGACGGGCCACCAGGCCGCGAUCCCGAGCAUACAGUGGAAGACGGCGUUCGUGCUCACGCCCACGCUGACGUACCCGCUCUCGCCGCUGCUCGUCAUCCUGAACACGUUCGGCCCGACGUUUCUCAUUGCCCUGGCUUCACCCCUGCUUGCGCUGUGGAACGUCGCACCGUUACCCCAGCCCGAGGCGGACGUGAAGGUGCGCGGGGACGCCGUGCGCGCGUCGCUAGGCAUCAUGCUCUACCAUGCGACGCUGCUCCUCAGCAGCGCAACAUGUGCUGCAUGGCUCCGGCGGCACCUGAUGGUCUGGAAGAUCUUCGCUCCACGGUUCAUGCUCGCAGCCAUCACGAUGCUCGUUGUCGACCUAGCGGUCUUGUUCGGGGUGGCGGUCGGGGUGGCGCGUGUCUCGGACAGGGUGUCGCGGUUAUUCGCUGCGAUGACUUCAAGGGCGAAAUGAGGACCACCCGUCUUGUUUCCUUGCACUCUAAGGAAACUAGCCCCAAAGGGUAUGCCGCGACUUACGAGGAUGAGUGUUGAUUUCGAAGGUGGCCCCUAAUGUCUCAGACCUUCGACCGUCGACGGCGUCCAUCUUGACUAGAGGUGUUUUAUCUCGAUUGUUGCGAUGCGAUAAAAGUAAUGAGAGUGGUUCAUCAUUGC